GUUUCCUAUCGUGAUUUAAGAUGUGAUAGUUCUUAGAUAGGCGGUUGCAUCCACCACCUUUCAUCAUGUGCCAGGGAGAGAGAGGUUGUUGUUAUUAAUUGCGUGACAUCGCCCUUUAACCAAACAAACCAAUGGCACUGAAGAGCGUCCGGACUGGCACCGGUUUCACUGACAGCGCGGUGACGACGUAGGAGAUGCUGCCGCUACUGCUGUCAUUGCCGGUGCUGCCCUGGUCCUCGUCGCAGAACAAGAGAGGACAAUGAUACGAACAUGAUCAGCACCGAUGGCCGCUCAAAAUACGAGGCAACUCUGCCAGAGAGAGGCGGUAGUAGGAGGAGGCCACCGGCUGAGAUGCUGCAUCUGCUGUCAGCUGUGAUUGUUUGGCUGGUGACCGGCACCACCAUCUCCAGCCUCAACAAAUGGAUAUUUACUGUUUACAACUUCAGGUACCCGCUGCUGCUGUCUGCGCUGCACAUGCUGACAGCCAUAGUGGUGGACUAUGGGCUGAUCAAACUGCGUGUGGUGCACCACAGAGCAGCCGGGGAGCAGGACUUGACAACCAAUGCUAAAUGUAAGGUGUUCAUGCUGAGUCUGACCUUCUGUGCCAGCAUCGCCUUUGGGAACAUGGGUCUGAACUAUGUCCAGUUGUCAUUUGCACAAAUGAUCUACACCACCACUCCUCUUUUCACCCUGGCCAUAUCAACGCUGAUACUGGGCAAGCAGCAUCACAUCAUCAAAUACACAGCCAUGAUGCCCAUCUGCCUGGGAGCCUCCUUCAGCAUCAUGGGAGAGGUCCAGUACGACCAGACCGGCUGCUUCUUUGUGUUUGCAGCAACCAUGUUGAGGGGAGUCAAGUCCAUUCAGCAGAGUAUCUUACUCCAGGAGGAGAAAAUCAACUCUGUGUUCCUGCUCUACCUGAUGUCCAUUCCCAGCUUCUGCAUCUUGACUGUGGCAGCUCUGACUUUAGAAAACUGGACUCUGAUAGAGUCGCCGCUGCACUACGACCGCCACCUGUGGGUCUUCAUCCUGCUCAGCUGCCUGAGCUCCGUCAUGUACAACUUGGCCAGCUGCUGCGUCAUCACACUCACCUCGGCCGUCACGCUGCAUAUCCUCGGCAACUUAAACGUGGUGGGGAACCUGCUGUUGUCUCAGCUGCUGUUCGGCAGCGAGCUGUCAACCCUCAGCUGCGCCGGCGUGAUGUUGACAUUGUCGGGCAUGCUUAUCUAUCAGAACUCGGAGUUCAUCGUCGGCUACCUGGACGCGCGCAGAGCCACGGCAAAAGGAGUGGGACACUUGGGUGUUCACAAUGCGUUUGAAGACAACUCUGUCACACCUGAAUCGACGUGUCAUCUGCAGCGAUCCGAUGGUAAACAGGAAGACAAGAUGGACUGAAGUGUAAGGAUGAAGGAGAGAAUAAAAUGUUAGUACUCUUGUCUCAUGGAGUUAUGGAACAGCAGAGUGUAUUGUGACUUUACAAGGCCAUGGCAGAUGCUUCUAAAUUUAAUUUAAUGAUUAAAAAAAAAGAGAAAACUUC